AUGAAGCCCAGCACUUAUGUGUAUCUGGCGGCCUAUUUCGGUCUGACCACUGCCGCUCCCUGGAACAACAAGCGUGAUACCAACACUUGCCCUUGUGCUCCUGAUGGCAAGCCCUCGACUUCGACCUCGACCAUCACCCAGUGGUCUACUCAGACCCGCACCCACACCAUUACGGAGCACGUCACUCACUACAUGACUACGACUGCUGCUGGUACAGCAGUCCCAUCGGUACAGACUGACGCCGCUGCCUCGUCCGCUCCUAUUGGUGGCAACUACGGUGGUGCUUCGCCUUCGUCCGUUUCGGAUGUCGACGCCACUGGUAUUCCCACAAAUGCCGCCCCUGGUAGCUCUGGUGCCAUCACCAGCCUGCCUACUGGUUCGUUCGGCGAGGGCAACUACAGCCCCUCCACUCCCGCUUCGUCUGCCAACGUCCCUGCCGUCACUGGUACCACCACCAUGGGUGCUUCUGGUCCCGAGGUCGUCUACUUGGCCACACAAUUAGUCAGGGUGGUUCUACCACUGUUUUGA